UUAGAAGGCCGCCAACUCUUCUUCAGUCUCACUUGAAGCCAAGCCACCACUCUUCAAGCUCAAAACUCAAACGAUAUGGCCACCACGACCACACUCUUUUCGCUCACUUCACCUCCAAAGACUUCACCAAUCUUCUGCUUCUCCACUUCAUAUUCAUCCCUACAAAACUCAAAGCCAAAGAAACUUUCUUUUAACCCCAAGAAGUGUGUAGUCGAUGUGGGCAUUGGCCUUUUGGCCUCCUCCUUCAUGGCCUUGACGCCUCUGGAUGCUAAUGCCACAAGGAUUGAAUACUACGCUACUGUGGCUGACCCUCCUUGUGAGUUCAACUUUGUUCCCUCUGGCCUUGGUUACUGUGACAUCUCUGUUGGCUCUGGCGUGGAGGCUCCAUAUUCUGAGCUUAUCAAUGUUCACUACACAGCGCGAUUUAGUGAUGGAAUAGUUUUUGACAGCAGCUAUAAAAGAUUAAGACCUCUUACUAUGCGCAUUGGAGUUGGCAAGGUCAUUAAGGGCUUGGAUCAAGGAAUUUUCGGUGGGGAAGGAGUGCCUCCGAUGCUCGUAGGUGGAAAACGUAAGCUUCGGAUUCCACCAGAGCUAGCAUAUGGACCAGAACCUGCUGGUUGCUUUUCAGGUGACUGCAAUAUUCCGGCCAAUGCAACUCUCAUUUAUGACAUUAAUUUUGUCGGCAUCUACUCAGGGAAUCGAAAGUAGAGAGUAAAUAAUCAGUUAUUAGAAAAUAUAUUAGAAGCUCACAGAGGGAAUUAUUUCAUGCCAGAGCAAGGAAAUCCACCUGAGCAUGGAUCAUACCAUGAGAAGUGCCUAUAGCUGCUCAAGUCUUGUAGGUUUGCUUAGAGCAGCCUACUCCGUUAUUCUUUACAGUGAGAAGUGUGAGAUGCUCUUUGAUUUACAGAAGUUAUUUUUGUACCUGGUCGUAUAAAAAUUGUAUUGUGGCCAUUUUGGAUGUUGUUUGUAAGUUUAAUUCUGUGGCAAUUUCAUGUUAAGUGCUUCACUCAAAGCCCUAUGGAAAUUGUUUGGUGGCAAUAUACAUAAGCAAGUACUUAACCUGUGUUGA